UGGAAAAUCAAUAAUUUUCCCCUAUGAAACCGUGAAGCAGGAACCUACGAACACACUUGUCAAAAUCAGCCAACUAUUGCUGGUCGUGAAUAGUAUUUCCCUUUUGUUUUGAAUUGUUUUUAAAUACUUACCUGAAACACAUUUUUGAGAAUGUUAAAGUCGGAAUUCCAGCACCAAUUUUGGGUAACCAAGAAAGCAGUUCAAAGAAAGUUAGGAACAAAAGAAGAUGAGAACAUUGUUGCAUCUGACGGUGAAUUGGAUUCGAAAAUCGAACUCUUCCAGUCUGUAACGGAGACGAGCCGACAAUUGUAUCGAAUAAUUGACCAGUAUCAGGAACGUGUAUGUAUUCUGGCUCAGGAGGAAAAUUCUUUUGGAAAGUUCUUGCGUGAAGUUAGCAAAGAGAAUCCGACAACUGGAAAAUUAUUGUCGAAUACGGGAAAAGCUAUUUCCUAUUGCGGACAGCAGCGUAUUACGGUUCGGGUGCCUUUAUUGCGACUUCAUCAUGAUGUGCAUACGUUCAAAGGUAGGGCUAUCGCGGACACUCAGAACACAAUUCAAUUGAUGGAAAAAGAGCGAACAGAGUACAGGGCGGCUCUCAGCUGGAUGAAGUCAGUUAGCAUUCAGCUGGACCCCGAUACCGGUCGAGGAUUGGAUAAAUUUCGGAAGGCCCAGCGGCAUGUAAAAACAGCCAAAACAAAGUUCGAUAAGUAUACGUUGGAUUGUUUGGAGAAGAUUGACUUGUUGGCAGCAGCUCGCUGCAAUAUGUUUUCGCAUUCACUGGUUGGUUAUCAAAAUGCAUUGUUACUGUUCGCGAAAAAGAGUAAUGAAACAUACAAAACAACUUUAAAAAGUCUCUCGAAGGAUCCUCACUAUAAUUUUUCUAUUCUGAGGGAACUGACGCAAGCUAAUCCGAACGUCAAAGACCAGGAAGAUGAAGAUAAGGCCGAUAAACCAGCGGACAACGACCAGAUGUUGUUUUUUCAGGACGAUUACAAAGAUGAUACCACAACUGCGAAACAGCCGGCCGUACAAGAGACAAACCCCAAAACAGGAGACGACUACACUAAGAUUCCUUCCGAGCUAGAUUUAUUAGCUGGAGUCUCUGAACUAAAUCUUCAUGCGAAGCCGGAAGUUGUUCCUAACACCACGGAUUUGUUGGACUUAACCAUGGGGGAAGAGUUCUCGGACUUCCUUUCUGCACCAGCUCCUUUUAUGCCAUCAACAUUGCUUGCUUGUUCGGAGUCGAUGCAACUAGCCUUGAACGAAUUAUCCAGUUCACCCCCGAGCGAAAAACAAACCGAGAAAGGAUCAAAUGACAUUUUUGGAAGCUUUUUACAAAGUUUAUCGAAGAAUUCGCAAUCAUCUACAUCCUCGCCGGGUAACAGAGCUGAUAAUGACAAGCGCUUGCAAAAAGAUGCCAAACCUGGCAAGGAUCUCUCGGGAUGGUAUCAGCUUUUCGCCGAACUUGAUCCGCUUUCAAACCCGGACGCUAUUCCAUCCAAAACUGACGCACCAACCAAUAGUUCACAAGCCUAAGUUUAACCGCUAAACGGGAACAUUUCUUGAGGGCAAGAAAUCGAUCACUAACCGAUGUUUUUUUGCAUUCCAAGACUUUUCCAUUAUAUCUAGUCAACUGCUUCUACGCUCUUUGAAUAUGUAUGUUAUGUGCUAUGGAAAGAUUAAUAAAUGCGAAUGUGCACCA